AUGAAGGAGCUCUACAUGCGACAUGCUGCAGACUCGCGGAGCAAUAGUGCGAAUAAGUCGAACCGAAAUGGAAGUAUUCAGGUGUACUACGAUUCCUCCCAAGCCGCCCUCGCUUCUCUGGACCGUGGACAAGUUUACUCACAUCACGAAAUUGCCGCAACGCAUCCUGUUCUUAUGCGAGCGGCUGUUAAGUACUCUAACCCACCCUUGGCAAUGCCAGAUCACGGCCAAGAUAUGACGCAUCGACACAAGAACAUUCGGUCAAAGGCGAAGAAACAUACAGAUGUUGAAGGAAACAACGAGGGUAUCCAUCGCGACAAGACAUGGCGGUCGGCGCAGAAGCACAGUCAUGGCAAAGGUAAACCAAUGGGAACACAAAUGAUGACGGUCUGUCUGAUGCAAGUGGUUGUUAUGAAUGUUGCCGCACAGCCCGUCAAGAAACGCAAUGCGGCGAUUGAAGCACUAGAAGCGCAUCGCAGCGCCGGCUGA